AUGGCAACUGCUGGUCCGGUGUCCAUUUCUUGGAUCCCGGAGGAUGACCUUUUGCUGAAAAAUGCGGUUGAGGCUGGUGCCUCUUUGGAAGCACUUGCUAAGGGGGCAGUCCAGUUCUCUCGUAGGUUUUCUUUUCAGGAGCUGCAAGAUAGGUGGCACUCCCUUCUCUAUGAUCCUGAUAUAUCAGCCCAAGCUUCUACCAGCAUGUUUGAGCUUGAACUCUCUGGUUUCAAUCCUUUAUCGAGAAACAGUAAAUGUGAGCCUUCUAAGGGAAACAAGGAGGUAUCUGAAAAGAGGAAAAUUGGAAGUAUCCGUAAACAAUACUAUUCUAUGCGUAAGAAAUUUCGGAGUGAAUUUUUCAACACUAGUGAUCUUGGUUUCUUGGAUGAACCCAAUCUUCAUGAUGGCGGUGUACAUGUGGCUGAUUUCCAGGGUUUCAAUGGGGAGCCACCAAGCACCACAUGUGGUCUUGGAAAUGCUAUUCCCAAUCAUUUUGACUUUCAGGAAGCAGAAAUACAGAUUCUACGUAGUGCUUUUGCAAAACCAGCCAGGGAUUCAUCUAUUAUCCAUGGCGCGGUUAGUAACCACGGUUCAUAUCUCACAGGAUGCUCUAAUACACAUGGAGAUAAGCAUCCUGAUGGCGCGUUGCGGACAUAUGGAUAUUCUGAGGUGUCUACAUCAUAUGGACAAAAUGGAAUGACCUUUGAUCCAGAUGUUAAACCAUGUCUUUCUACUUUUUCUAAAGAUAAUCCAGUCAACUUUGAUGAUCACUCAGGUAUGCACGAAGCUUGCCUACCAAAAAAUCUUGAGAUGCAACGGUUAUCUGUCUUUGAUACGAAAAAGGACAAUCCACAAAAUGCCAUUCGUGGCUCAAGGCAAGAACAACAUUUGAGCCCGCCUAGGGAUGAUAGUUCGUACCAUGCCAUUGGCUUUUCAUCGGCACAGCCUAAUCUUCCCCUUUGGGAUCCAGUUGAUAAUUUUUCUGCAAAUCCUAUGCCAGUCAGUUUGAAGCGUGGUGAUGGAGUUCAGGAUGCAAAUGAGAUGCUUGCUAAUGAUGGAGAAGGGAAUGAUUCAUUUGUUUAUGAUGUGGUCAAUGGUGGGCCUAUGUUGGGAGUCUCGGAGGCUGAUUUUGGGGACCUUCCUGACUCCCUGUUGAACCUUUCAAAUGAAGAUGAUAUUCUCCUGGCAGAUGCAGACGGGAAAGUGGCUGCGGAGAAGUCUUGUUCUGAUAUCGUUGAUUCUGUCUUACCAAGUUCUUCCACUGCCGCUCCUGAAGAUGCAGUCAACAACCUUGUACCUGUUGCUUUGGUUGUCCAAGAUAGUUGUAUAGCCAAUCAGUGCAAAAAUCUUGAAAAGUCUGGAGCUAUUAAUACUUCUACUCAGAGUGAUCAUUAUAUGCACAAUGCUGAAGUUAAUGAGCUGUUGGAUUCAACUUUGGCCCUUGAUUCUCAUGCUCUGAGUGAUGGAAAAAUUCUCUGUACAUUGAACACUGAAGAUCCUGAAAUUCCAUGCAACGAUGAUAUAUUUUUACUUAUUCACCCUUCCACAUCAUUUGCACCGUCCACAUCCCAACCAAAUCCUGCAAAUGCAAUGGAAAUAUCUUCUGCAGCUAGUCAGGAACAAUUUGAACCUGGAAUGAAGGUGGUUAUGGAUACGAAGGAUGUUGCGAGAUCGUCCAACUGGCCACAGAAAAAUGGGCCAGACAUCUUUCCUGAAACAUCUUCUCCGCAUUCUCUAGUGGGUUCAAAAAUAAAUUCUGAGUUACAUGAUAUGAAAUCUAAAGAUAUGCUUGCCAAAGUUACCAAUAAGAAUACUGGUGACUUGAGUCGCACUGGAUUAUCCUGCAGCAAUGCAAGUGUAUCAGCUAACGGGAUUCUGGGAGAGGACAUUUCAAGACUUGAGUUGAAGGCUGGAGAAGUGCCAGUAACACUUCCUGGGGCUCAAAACACGACAGGAGGUUCCCUCAAUGUAGAUAUUUCGGAAUCAACGGUGAACCCUUCAACUUCUGAUCAGGAAGAGUAUCAGAGUGAUGAUGACGUGCCAUAUUUUUCCGACAUUGAAGCUAUGAUUCUUGAAAUGGAUCUAGAUCCUGAUUAUCAAGACAAAGACACACAAAGAAAAAGACUUGCAUCAAAAUAUCAGUCAGAGGACACAAGAAGAAGCAUCAUAAGGUUGGAACAGUGUGCGAGAUCAUGCCUUCAAAGAGCCAUGACUUCGCUUGCAGCCUUUGCCAUUUUCUAUGGUCGCCAUUUGAGGCAUUACAUUAUAAAGACUGAGGUCAUUCUUGGAAGGUCAACAGAUGAUGCUGAAGUUGAUAUAGAUCUGAGAAAAGAAGGGCGCGCUAAUAAAAUUUCUAGGCAGCAGGCUAUUGUUAAGAUGGAGGCAAAUGGUUCUUUCUACUUGAAGAAUCUUGGAAAGAGUUUAAUCUCAGUAAACGGAAAAUCAGUUGCAAAGGGACAGCUGAUCUGCCUUAGUUCCAGUUGUUUGAUUGAGAUAAGAGGAAUGAGUUUUGUGUUUGAAACCAACCAGAAGUUUAUCAGACAUUACAUAAAUAUGUCUCAGAGAAACAAAGGCAAGAAUAGCAAGUUGGAGUGGUUACCCGAUGACGAAACAUAA